GUCCGCAGUCGACCGUCAGCAGUCAUUCGUAUUUCUGUGGUCGGUUGAGCAGCACACGCGUGUAUAUCUUUUCCCUUUGCGUACAACGAAGGUUCGCAUCCUUUCGCGGUCCUUCAGGAAUUUCUCCAGAGAUCCCUGGUCUUCUAUCCCGCGCCAUCACGCUCAGUGUUCCGAUUUAACGGCCAGUUCGUGCAUUUUCUACUCGCAGUCCGGUUCUUCGUUAGAUCCCUGCAUGACACUUUGUUGCAAGUGUCAACUAUCGCGCGGCUAUAUCGAAGGAAGCUGGAGCAAAACAUCAAAUACCCAUUGGCGGAUUACUCCUACUAGGAUUCAGUGGGAUUAAGCGUACAGAAAUAUCAGAAACGAGUGAUACAAAGUGAAAUCAAGUGCUUUUACUUCGGUGACCAACACUUUUACACAUACAAAUAAAGUGCCGUUUUUAACGUAUUCAACGCAGAAGGUUGUAAAGAUAGUGGCAAGUCAAUAUAGUGUAACAAGUGCGAAUAAAUUGGGCUUCAGCUUUGAUAUCGCGAAGAGAGUGAGAGAGUAACGUGUGUAAAAAAAAGGUAAACUCGAAGAAAAUAAAUUAUACUCAAACGUCCGACAGUUGUGUAGGAAAUCUCUUGCAUAAUGUCGAGCGAAUACAAGUGAUUCAUGUGUAUUAACCCGAUCCGUGCGCAUUGCAAUAUUUUAAUCACAACUGCCAAGAGUGAAGAAAACAGUGGUCGAGAAAAACAAGAUCGGGAGAGAAGGGUAAAAAACACGAAGAUAUCAUCAGGGCCCGAUCAUUGGUGAGAUCAUUUCUAAAUAAAAAGAGGUGUUAUACAUGAACACGAACAACGAUCGCGCGCGCAAAAUAGUUUUCCGAUUGAAUCAUCCGUCAAAGGCCUACUGCGAGUGACAACAACCUUAGUUCCGCUGUCAGCGUGUAAAUCCAGUCACCUGUCAAAAUUAUCACUAAUCAGUCAUCGUCACAGGCAGUCGCUUCGAGCUCUACCAGCACCAAAUCGCACUCGUCUACUGCGUCGGUGACAACCGGAGCUGUAACAACGUCCACCAAGAUGAGAAUAAAGCGCGAAUCGACCUGCCUAGGAUUACGGCUCAUGCCCGCCGCCAAACUCGCGAUUCACAAUCCGCACAAACGGCACAAAGAUACCUGCGAUGAUUCAUCGAUCACGCCCGGAACCCGGAUCCCGCUGGCACGCAGCUGUUCCAGUCCGGCCGUUUCCUACGACAUUGAAUCGCAUCCCGCAUCACCCGUGUUUCCACAUCUACUGCUCGGCAACGGACGAGACGCCAUCGACCCGUCGACCGUCGGAGCAAACUGCGUUCUGAACGUUACCUGCCAACAGCCAGCAGCCAGCCAACUCAAACCAGGACUGGAGUACAAACAGAUCCCAGCCAGUGACACGCCACACCAGAACAUCAAGCAGUACUUCCAGGAGGCCUUCGAAUUCAUUGAGGAUGCCCGGAAAAAAGGUUUAACCGUGUUGCUGCACUGUCAAGCUGGUAUCAGCCGUAGCGCUACAAUUGCGAUAGCCUACGUCAUGCGCUACAAGGCCGUCUCGCUGCUGGAAGCCUACCAAAUGGUGAAGCUCGCCCGUCCAAUCAUCUCACCGAACCUCAACUUUAUGGGUCAGCUACUGGAGCUGGAACAAAAUCUGAUCGCCGAUGGAAAGCUGGAGCCGCCACCUCCGUCGCCCGUCGUUCCGCCUAGUCAACCACCGUUCUUCCUAAUCAACAACUGUAGCAAGUUCAACCCACACGACGAGGAAAUGGACGACGACGAUGACCACCGCGAUGACAGCAAGAACAAUAAUCGGGACAGCGGUUGCAGUACCGCUAGCUCCAGCAGCACCAGCUCCGGUAGCAGCAUUAACAGCAGCCAUCGAAAUAGUCACGGAGGCAAUGGCCGCUGCCCGCCACGGUUAACCCUGAAGCUGCCGACCUCUCCACCGUCAUCGCCGUCGUCACUUUCGUCGCCAUCCUCGCUGUCAUCUUCUUCCUCGACACCCUCGCCCACUCAGUCGCUAGCACCAGUCCCUGCAACGCCCGUCUGCAUGGUUGCACCGAGGCCGUUCCCUAUCCCAGCCAGCAGUUCCGAUGCACGGCCUGUCUCUACGAGUUCCAACUCAUGAUCAGGUUUAAGCUAGUUAGACGUAAUAUUUUCGUCCCCUAUAUUCUACUACCUAUUUAAAGUGUGAUACAAAUUUUAAAAACAAUAGAACUAAUUUAUGUGCCCCCUAUCUUGUACAUAGUAGCUCGUAAGCAAAUCGGCUUUCCUCUGUUAGUUUAGUCAGUUUUGCAUUGUGAAAAGUGUGAGUUAAGAUUUUCGUGGAAACCAAGAAAAAACCUAUAUCCUUUAAAAUACGAAGAGAAAAAAAUCAUUCAUAUCAUCAUCGUUUGCAUCAAAAAACACAUUUGUUAAAGAAAAAAAAAAAGCUACUUUGAAUGCAUUUAGCGCCAUCAGUCGCCCGAGUGUUGCGACUGUCAGCACCAAUCGUACACGCAUUCACCAUUUCGACGGCCACACCAUCUGCUGCGAUCGGAAGCAGCCAAAAAAUUUCCUUCGCCAUGUCUCUGUUUCGUUAUUUUUUCUUUAAGUUCAUUCAAUAUGUAUAAACUAAGCUCUACAUUAAGGAAGCCAAUUCUAGUCUCAUUUACCUUUAAGUUUACUAAGCCAAGUUUUACGCUAAGAGACUGUAGAAUUACACACUGUGUGGACACAAAGAAGAGUCGUCGUUAGACUAUUAUUAUAAUUAAUCUACAACACGGUACGACUGUUUACAAAAAUUGUGCGUGAAAAAAUGAACCUUCGUAACCCACACUGAAACAAAACAAUCACAUUGAGUUCACUACUCGAUCAAUAAAAAAGUUGAAUGUGUAAAAAUUAAGAAAGGCUGUGUUAAAUUUUAAUCAAACCAACAAAAUGUAGCUGUAGUACGAACAAUAACGCCGAAUUUCCCCGCUAAGAUUCUGUUUAACUUUGUUUUGUUUUUUCUGAGAUGAAGCAAACAUAUCCUUUAGCUCCCCCCUCUCCCCUUUAAAAGAGAAGCAGCAGAAACUGUGUGACUGUACCUGUUUGAACUUUGGAUUAUUAUUCUGCAUCUGCUGUAGCAACACGCAUAGUAACUGUUUUUCCUUGCUGAACUUUAACGCAAUUAUCUCUUUCUGUACAUAUGCCAAGCGAAAUGCCCUUUUUUUCCUAUAGAGCUGUUAAACCAGCAGGAGACAGUUUAGAGAGAUGUACAAUAAAAGCACAAGUUAAAUAUUGCACGUGCGAUAACACUGAAUGAACAGCGGACGAUGAACAACCGCAGAAAAUAUUUAUAUUGCGUAAAACAAACUCUUUCAUAGUUAUCGGUUAAAUUAUUUAAACGUUAGUGUCUAAGAUAUACACAUUCAUGUAAAAAUACAACAACUGAGGAGAGUCGACAGUAAAAAAUAACACAAAAGUGAAAAAUUUAA